AAUUAAUCAUUCGCUUACAGCAGCUUUUGAAGCUUCCUUACGCUUCUGAUAAAGCGACAACCAUAACAUCUGAUUUGCUACAAGUUAUACUCGGACAGUUUUGAUUUUGUUCUUUGUCUCAUUUACGUUUCCAUUUUUUUAUUCGUCCGCUCGCUGUGACACCGAAAUUCCUGAAAAGAAUACAAGUGUGGACUAAACGUAUGACUAAAGUUUACCGGGAAUCUCUUUAACUGAAUGCGAAAAGACUGGAGCAGUGCUAGGAAGUCAUUCGUACAAUAUGUAGUAUUUCGCAACACAACGCACUAGCAUCAAUGUGCUAUUAUAUUCCUGAAGGAACAAAUAAUAACACGAACGCGAGUCUUGCAGCGCACGGACACGUUCUCCUGGCUGCAUAGAGGUAUUCCUGCGACGUACUGCAACCAUGUUUAUGACUUAGGUUUAUGGGCAUCAUCAUGAGCCACGUAACAACCCAGGACAGCAUUAUCUCUGUUUUAAAAAAUAUUGCAGUCUCUCUUCAUUGUACCAUCAAAUGAACUGUGCGUUCGGGAUGGACUUCGCUGUGAAGAUCGAAACCGAAACUGCCAAGCACGCCGGCCCAACGUACUGAGGGGGCGCCACAAUAUAAUUUUCGACGCCAUUUGCGAGAAAGCGCGGGGUUGAAACGUUAAAAACUCUGGAAGUUCCGAAACUAUGCGGUACACGGACGUGGCGAUCUAAGGCGGAGUUCGAGCCUUCGGUUUAUUUUCUGUCAUUCACCAUUUUAGACGUUCACCUACCAGUGUCGAGAGCCUUCUGCAACGAUUCGUGUGAAAAAAACGGUGCGGCCGUUCACUUAUACGGAUAUGCCGGGGUAUGCGUAUCGCCUCUGUGGCUUCGCCAGUGGAGUCGAUGGGAGACCUGUCAACUUCAAGGAACCCCUGUCCCACGCCCGUGUCUGCGGUUUGUGCGGAUUCGUGUCUGUGGAACUAGCAGUGCUACCUUGCCUUCAUUUCCUGUGUACUUCUUGCCUUGGAGGCUGCGCACAAGGCGACGGCGGUGCCCGCUGCCCCAUGGACAAGACGUCGUUCCAGGUGGACGAAGUCGCGAUUUCGCCGUUUCAUUGCGCCGACUUGGCGGAACAGCUGGUGAGCUGUUGGAACGCCAGCAAUGGUUGCGGCUUUGAGGGUCCUGUCGAUGAACUGCUGGAGCACUUUGAGAAGCACUGCACCUUCCAUGCCACCACCUGUCCCCGCUGCCGGGAGACCGUGACGCGCGGCAACCUGCCAAGGCACUACGUUGCUGGAUGCGACGUUGCCUCCAAGCUGCGCAUAGACGGCGGAGGCAAUCCGGCCGUCACGGCGCAGACGGACGAGCUGCUGAGCCGCAAGGCAGGUCACUGCUCGUACCACGACUUGCUCACGUCCAUGCAGAGCCAGAUGAACGAUCUGGCAGAGGCGCUGGCCGGCAUCAGCACUGCGAUCGCGGAGUGGGAUUGUCGGGAACUAGAGCUUCUUCCCGGCGCCACCACCGGACGAGGAGCAGGACAGGGCGCAGAUGUAGACUCCAUCCUGGCGGCGUUUACAAAAACUAGCGCUGCACUUACUGAGCAUUUUGACAGUAUGAACCGCUCUCUGCCUCAGGAGGUGGCCUCGGCGCUUGUGCGAGCCUUGGGCGGCGAGACGCUCGAUGGUAGUGCCAGUAGGGUCGCAGUGCGGGAACAGCAGGAAUGCGGGUAUUCCAGCACGAUUGGGGGCACUGUGCCAAGCGUAGACGUGGGCGCCCUGCUGGCGGCGUUAAGCGAGAAGAUUACGCAGCGCCUAGACAACUUGAGCCACGCUCUUAGCCGUGAGGGGACUGUCCCGCGGUGGCCAGCGGUCGCGGCUAAAAGUGUACAGACUUGCCCAGACGAGAGGGCAUUGUCGCCAGCUGUGUUCGGCGCCAGUGAUAGCCCCAACAAGGCACUCGUGCUUCUCGUCCUAAUUAUGAACGAGAAGUGGUGCAAGGUUGACGGCUACUAUAACGGGGUGCGUGGCUUUCCUGUCAUUAUAGGCAACAUGCCUACUGGAUUGUCCGUGUCAUUUUAUGUGUCGAGAGAAGCAAACCUAAUUGCAUUGUUCGCAAGAUUAGACAAGAAAGGAGGCAACAUGCACAAUAAAAGUGACACAAACCUGCCGGUCGUACGUAGGCUUAGCUCCAGCGAGCUCGAGUCGCCUGCUAUCAAGAUGCGGUAUAUGCGACAAACAGAAGCAAUCUGGGGAGCAGGUGACUUCAGUUCGGAUGACAAGUUUCUCCUGUUUGUGUGCAACCUGAAAGAGCCUGGUGAGGAGGAUUAUAAGGCAAGACUGGAAUUAGUCAUGGAAUUCAAUUGAACCGCUGCAGCACAAUGAACCACCAUUUAUUAGCCAGAUGGCUUGUACCUUUUCAAGGAAUAAAGCAGAUACAAAGCCAAUAAAAGAAAUGUAAGACCAGUCUAUUGUAGGUGGUUAUUUCUCUACUGUCGGUAGGAAUCUUGAAAAAUCUAAAGCCUUUGGGAAUGACAAAGGUAAUGCAAAGCAGUUUAGCUUUCGAUGCAAAGUGGAGGUCUGAUGUAAGGGCCAGGAUUCUGUAUGGUGUUAUCAACUAUGUGGAAGUGUGCACGUAAUCGGGAUCAAGGGAGAAUCGAUUUCGUUGUGGAAAUCUUUGUGUGAUAAAACACCAUCUCGCGUACCUUUUUCUCACCCCCCCACC